GUUCCUGUAGAGUCAAAUGCAACAGCCGCUCGAUAAAAUUCUUCCUAACCUCGCAAGCUCCACCACUGUUUUGACAGAUAAGUCAGCCGCAGCAUAUUUUUGACACUUCCUCAUCUUAUGCCGCCGCUGCUGAAGCAAUAAAAAGAAAAAAACAACUGAAACCAGCCCGCGACACAGGAAAGGAAAAAAUCUAUUUAUAAUCAUUUAUAAUUUCUUUUUACCAAUUUGCAAACCUAAAAUCGAAUUAGAAAAUGUCCCUGGUGGCAAAUAAGUGCGAAACGCCCAAUUGUGGCAAGGAAGCGACACUUCAGUGUCCCACAUGUCUAAUAAUGGGUAUAAAGGGUUCCUAUUUUUGCAGUCAACCCUGCUUCAAGGGUUUCUGGAAGGAGCACAAGAUUAUCCAUCUUCUAGCACAAGGGUCAAAUAAAUCAUCAGCUGUCGCCGAGACGAAUGGGUACAAUCCUUGGCCUCGAUACCAUUUCACUGGGAAACUCCGUCCGUUUCCACAAACCCCUAUGCGGACAGUGCCCGAGAAUAUCCAACGUCCCGAUUAUGCCGAUCAUCCCAGAGGACGAGCUCUAUCCGAAGAGGCUAUGCGAGGCAAUAGCACCAUAAAAGUUCUCGACGAUGAAGAAAUCGAAGCCAUGCGAGUGGCAUGUAAAUUGGGACGCGAGUGUCUUGAUGAAGCAGCUAAGGCGUGCGACGUUGGUGUCACCACAGACGAGCUGGACCGUCUUGUGCAUGAAGCUGCAAUCGAACGCGAUUGCUAUCCUUCACCACUAAACUACUACAAUUUCCCAGCAUCUUGCUGCACUUCUGUGAAUGAGGUCAUUUGUCACGGAAUCCCGGAUACCAGACCUCUGGAAGAUGGAGACAUAUGCAAUGUUGAUGUGACUGUCUAUCACCAUGGCUUCCAUGGGGACUUGAAUGAGACUUUCUUCGUGGGCAAUGUCUCUGAAAAACAUAAGAAGCUCGUUAAAGUGACUUACGAAGCUCUUUGCAAAGCCAUCGAAAUUGUUCGUCCCGGAGUUAAAUAUCGCGAAAUUGGAAACGUUAUCCAAAAACAUGUACAACCCCAUGGAUUUAGCGUUGUGAAGAGCUACUGUGGACAUGGUAUCCAUAGGUUGUUCCACACAGCUCCAAAUGUGCCUCAUUAUGCCAAAAACUCAGCUGUUGGUGUCAUGAAAGCUGGAAAUAGUUUCACCAUCGAACCAAUGAUAUCAGAGGGAGUUGCCAAGAGUGACCAGUGGCCCGACGAUUGGACAGCUGUGACUGCCGAUGGCCUGAGGUCUGCUCAAUUCGAACAGACUUUGCUGGUAACAGAGAAUGGAUGCGAAAUUAUGACACGUCGUCGUGAGAACAACGGACAGCCUCAUUUUAUGGACAAAAUGUAAAUAGAAUAGAAAAACAACAAAACACAUUUUGUUAUCACAUAAUUUCUUCUUUUUUUAAAUUAAAUUGAACUUUAUUUAAAAAUGAA